UAUGUCAUUUUUCGGAAAAGUCUUCCUUCUCACAGCUCUUGCUGGUUACAGUUACCUCCUCCUCACAGAUGCUACUUUAGGAAAACAAUUCGAUACCAAAUAUGCUAAUUUCUAACAAUAAGCAUUGGUCAAGCAAGUAUUUGAAUUCAAUUACAUAUUCAAGUAUAUUCCAGCUGAUGUCUUCUAGCAUGUCCCAGCCCUUUUAGCUAAACAAAUUGUUGGAGGCCUUUUGACAAGCACUGUCCUACUUUUUAUCUGUGGAGGGUAUUAAACACAAGUUAAUUUUUAAGUUUCGUCGUUUUUCCUGUCCUUGGUUUAUUACUUCAAAUUGUCAUCUAAAGUAAUCCAUUAUUCAGCAAUGAUCAUGUCACAUAAGUUGAAUGCUUUAAGCUAACUGCUUUGAUUGGAGGAUUAUUAAUUUGGGCUUCAUCCAAUUGUUGUUCUAAAUAGGCAACUAAAGCAAAAACAGAGUGAU